AUGUUCAAGUCACUUACCAUAUCUCUCGUGGCCUUGGCCAUGAGCGCACCGGCUCUUUCAGUAUCUAUCUAUGGACAGUGUGGUGGUGUCGGAUGGACUGGGGACACAACCUGUGACGCUGGCCUUGUCUGUACCCACCUCAACGACUACUACUAUCAAUGUCUUGCUGGCACUUCCGCUACCACUACCCCAAUCACUUCGCCGUCCACGACAAGCUCUGCCCCGGCUCCCACCGGGUCCACAAACCCACUCUGCUCGAACGCGACUACUAAGUUCCAGUACUUCGGUGUCAACGAAUCUGGCGCUGAGUUCGGUAACACCGUCAUCCCCGGCGCUCUCGGUACGGAUUAUAUCUGGCCCGCGCCCAGCAGUAUCGACUACUUCAUGAACCUUGGCUUCAACACCUUCCGGGUUCCAUUCUUGAUGGAGCGUAUGGUUCCUCCCUCGACCGGAAUGACUGGUGCCUUCAACCAGACUUACUUCAGCGGUCUCUCCUCGACUGUUAGUUAUAUCACAGGAAAGGGUGGUUUCGUUCUUAUCGAACCGCACAACUACAUGAUCUACAAUGGCGCCACAAUCACGAGCACUUCCGACUUCCAGACGUUCUGGACGAACUUGGCUACUGAGUUCAAAACUAACGACAACGUCAUUUUCGACUUGAUGAACGAGCCGCAUGAUAUCCCCGCCACGACCGUUUUUGACUUGAUGGCGGCAGGUAUCAAAGGUGUUAGGGCCGCUGGCGCAACCACUCAGCUCAUCAUGGUUGAGGGAACCUCUUGGACUGGGGCGUGGACCUGGACAUCGUCAGGAAACGCCGCUGCUUUCACAGGCAUCAAUGCAGCCGACCCAAACAACAAUGUCGCCAUCGAAAUGCACCAAUACCUGGACUCUGACGGCUCUGGAACUUCCGAUGUCUGCGUUUCCAGUGAUAUCGGCGCCUCCAGGCUCGCAGAUGCCACUUCAUGGCUGAUCGCGAACAACAUCAAGGGCUUCCUCGGCGAGAUGGGUGCUGGGUCGAAUGAUGUUUGUAUUGAGGCCGUUCAAGGCGCUCUGUGCACGCUUCAGGAGGCAGGCGGAGUGUGGUUGGGCGCUCUCUGGUGGGCUGCGGGGCAAUGGUGGGGCGAUUACUACCAAUCGAUCGAGCCUCCUAGCGGCCCUGCCAUCCCAUCCAUCCUGCCACAAGCUCUCGAACCAUUCUUGUAAACCGUCAUCGAUGGGUAUGAACGAUGAGAAAAAGGGGUUAGAACAGCUUCGUGACGAUGCGAUUCAUGAUGAAGUUGACUAUAUACAGUGUACCUUGGGGUUUCUAUCUGUAGGGCUGCAAGUAAGGAUUUCUACUAUUAGUCCGAAUGGAGGUGCGCGUGGGUUGUACUGACACAGAGGCAGGAAAUAC